AGGAGAGCUGUCGUUCUAUGUCGAUAGUCCGACCCCCAUUUCUCUCCUGAUAACUUUAACUGCAGCAAAGUAUAUGAAAUAACUCCACGUAUCAAAAAUUGCAAAUUCUGACUACUUUUCUGUCAACAAAUCAAUAAAAAUUUUUAUCGUUAAAUCAAGUUUAUCUUCAACCUCAUCUUCCACAACAAAAAAUCUAAACUAACCUCUUCUUGCUACUUGCUUGUGAAAGAACACGCCAUCCAAAUCAUUCACAUCUCAUUUCUAUUUCACUACUCAACUACACCCUUGGUUCUGUCUCACAGGAGACAGACGUGUAGUCAGCACCGGAGUAACUAAGAUGAUGAAGAUGCUGGACGUCUUUGACACAACGACGAACUACAAAGCCGUCUGCAGGGGCCGCGGGCUGCUGCGAAGGAUGUUCCUACUGUUCUCGUUGCAAGGGGCGGCGAAGAUCGUGUUGGCGACACUGUACACCAUGAGCCCGCGGACGGUGCACAAGGAAUGCCUGGAAGACUUUAAGGACGCGGGGAACUCGCGGCGAGUGUAUUCCUGUAUGUACCGGUGCGCGGAUUAUUACGUGAAUUGCUUCGGGAUGAUGCGGAACAGCGACUCGUCGGUUGUGGGACUGCACGCGGGUGCCCAAUUCGAUCGCAGCAAUUUUGGCAGCUACCUGUGCAAGCCCGGCUGCUUCGAGGCGUUCGCGGCCUACGAGAAGUGCGCCCGGAUGUCCGGUAUCAAAUGCAAAAAUGUCUGGGUCUGGAAACUUGUGAUGCUGAAUUGCGCAUGAUUGAAGCGGUUCCAAUGGCAGCCAAGCAUGACAAGUUUUUGAGUAGAGGCCUUCUGAUGCCUAGCACGCAUUACAAAUUGCGUUUUUGCAUGACAAAGAAAGCCGCUCUUUUGCUGCUCAUGCAACACAGAUUUUCCAGGAAUGCACGACACGCAUUACAAGCUCCACUUUUCCAGACCCAGACAUUUUUACAUUUGAUAUCCGGCGUGGACAAUCGGGACGGGAACGGCGUUCGCACGAACCAGGAACUGGACGCGCUGUACAACAACCACUGUGCUUGGUACGAUUCUACCAAAACGGAAACCGUGCUGCUCCUCAAGUACGGCCUGCACAUGAAUUUCAUGGACUCGCAUUACAACCAGGCCGGGGAGGUCACGGAGCCGGACAUGUUUCUGAUCGAGGACCAACUGCAAACGGACACGGCGGUGGACAACGUUUUGGGGCGGCCUUUGAAGGACGGCCUGCGCAGAUACAUGCAGGAGACCGACAACAAUUACUACGCAAUGCUGUCCGGGGGGGGAUACGAGAAGCCCGCGUACUAUGGAUGUGUCAGAGUUGAAAUCGACAAAGUUGAAAUAAUUUGUCAUGCAUAAAAUGGAUGCCAGUUGGAACCCUGUUUCCUUCCAAGUGGCGCAUGACAAAUUUCGGUGGUCCCUAGAUCCAGUUUGUCAUGCUGUUUAGGCAAAGAAGAGUGAUUUUCUCAUGCUACUUUAGCAGCUCGAGCUGUAACCCCAAACAGGCUCACAAUCGACAUCACUUGCCUGCUCUGCAACACACGCACCUCGGGCCAUGCAUUUUAUGCAUUACAAAUAUAUUAUUUCAACUUUGACGAUUUCAAACCUGACGCUUCCAUACGUACGACUACGGCCCGAGUGGAAACUUCACGAACAGUAUCAAAAGUAAAAAUGUCUGGGUCUGGAAGAAUGCAAGAUUUGUCAUGCUUGUUUCGCAUGACUCUUAAAUCUGUCAUGCACAUUUUUACCCAAGAGAGAGAGACCCAUUUUUCUGUCAUGCAGAAAGGCAGUCUGUCAUGCAGAAUAGGCAUAGCACCUAGAAGCUCAGAUGAAACUUGUCAUGCUGAGCCAGCACUUGUGGCCUCCUGAUGAAUGUUACGGCACCCAGCAUUACAAGUUCUUUCCAGACAUGAUCCAGGGAUAAUAUUUGCAUUUGAUAAACAGCGUGAAGAUUACGGCCGCGAAUUUCAACCUGGCCAAAAGCAAUUACGAAUUCCAAAAUUCCCCUCAAGCCCAGGACAACCACCACGGCGUUCUGAUGCAGGUGCGCAACCUGAGCGGUGCCAGCGAGGCCGAGGCGUUGCGCAGGUUUCUGAGUUUUGACGACUGGUCUUCGCAUUGCGGGGACGUUUUUACCGGGACGAUAUCAAAUGCAAAAAUGUCUGGGUCGUCUGGAAACAUGUAAUAAACUUCUGAUGCAGCGUAUUUGAGACCAGAAAAAAAUCUCUCACCCAUGGACCGCAAAAGUUGCUCAUUUCUUGCCACGACCAUAACAAGAGGGCACUUGUCCUCCUCACGCGGAAGAUUAGGCAUCGCCUAACCUGCUCAAAACCUGUGCUGCAGCUAGGACUUGCAUGCUAGACCUUCUGUGUCAUGCACAAAAAGCCCCUUCGCACUUCUUUUCCAGACCGAGACUGUUCAUGCACAAAAAGCUGCCCUGUACUGCUGCCGAUGCGUAGAUACUAAUACAGCUAAACUGUCAAUGUUGUCUCUGCUUGUUCAAAACCAAAAAACUGCUCUGCUACAGUGCUGCCGAUGAUUAUACUACUUUGAAUUGAUGCGGUUUUACAGGUAUUGCUUGGAUCGAUCUUUGAUUAGGGAAGCGCGUGCGGAAUGUAGUGGACGCGAUUGAUUUAAAACGAUUAAGCUACUGUGUGGAGUUAGAACUGUGCUGCCUACUGAUUUGUUGUUAGAUGUGUGCUACGCUUGGGACCUGACUGCGUAUUUUACUCCGCCAGAAACAUGGUGAUAAAAGCUAGCGCGCGCGCGCGCGUUUGAGGGCAAUGGCGAAUAAUGCGCAGGAUUGGAAUGUGUAUUACAAUGACCGAAGGGCCGCAUACGGGGCAGUGAUGCCCGGCAGGCAGGGCGAGGGAGAAUUUACAAGGACCGAACUGCAGCGCACUCUGGCUGCUGCUCACACGGAAACUCGCUCUCUAUGGCCACUCUGUUUCUGCUAGCAGUCCGUUGGAAUGCAGAUGACCGAGCGACUGCCGACUGUUCAUCGUCGUAGUGCGGCGCGUAGUGCGUCGUAGCGCGACCGCGGCUACGCGGAACGCUGCGGGGCUAGCGCGGAACCAUACAAAACGACGGCGCAGAGGCAUUGUAGGUCCCUUCGCGUCCGGGGGUACCGGGAAGUCCUGGGGGCCCCGUACCGGACGGUAGAACCAGUUUCGCAAGGGUCCGCCGGGAAAGCAGCGGACCAUAAAACAUACCAAAUUUGUAUGAGAAAGCGAUUUAUAGGCACGCUUUCUUCUAGGACAAUUAGGGGCAGGCCCCUUCGUGUCCCGACAUACAAAUAUAAUAUGGGGGGUCUCAGGAAUACUGGUUCACAUGCUAGACCUUCUGUGUCAUGCACAAAAAGCCCCUUCGCACUUCUUUUCCAGACCGAGACCCAGACAUACAAAUUCUUCGUAUUUUAUGGUCCGCAGUUUUCCCUGCGGACCCUUGCGAAACUGGUUCUACCGUCCCGUACGGGGCCCCCAGGACUUCCCGGGCCCCCCGUGCGGGAAGGGACCUACAAUGCCCCUGCGCCGUUGUUUUGUAUGGUUCCGCGCUAGCCCCGCGGCGUUCCGCUUAGCGGCGGCCGCGCUACGCCGCACUACGACUACGCACAGUCCGCAGUCGCUCGGUCAUCUGUAUUCCCGCGGACUGCUAGCUAAAAUACAGACGCCAUUGAGAGCAAAUGUCCAUGUGAGCAGUGGCCAAAGAGCACUGCCGCUUCCUCGGUCAUUGUGUGAGUGUUUUCCCUCGCCCUGCGUGCAGGGCUGCACUUCCUCAGGCGCGGCCUCUCGGUCGUUGUUGUAUGCGUGCCGCGUAUUAUUUGCCCUUGCCCUCGAACUACGCGCGCGCGCGCGCUAGCUUCAGUCAACCUUUGUGCGAAGCAAGACGUCCCGCAGCCAGAUCCCUUGUGCUGCGCGCGCGCGCGCGCGCGCUCCUGCUUGUGGUAACCGCAAAGCCGCAGCGCGCCGUUUCUGUACGAGUUUUUCUCAUGCCACAAUGAACAUUCAAUCACAGCCGCACCACUUUCGCUCCACAUACAAACAAGCUGUAUGUUCCGCGCAGCACAGACAAAUACUGGGCGUUGUCAGACCAAGCUUUUCUGGUUAUAGGUUUUGUUGUCUGUUUUCUAAGCUUUUUUCUGUUCUAGGUACCCUUCGCGUCCCGGGUGCCUUUCGUGUGCUGCUUCACAUGCUAGACCUUCUGUGUCAUGCACAAAAAGCCCCUUCGCACUUCUUUUCCAGACCGAGACCCAGACAAAACUGCGGCCUCCUUAGGCAGCGGCGACCCCAGAGGAACUGCCGGCGGGGCUUGUCCCAGGGCGGCGUAAAUGGCUAGUUGGCCGGGCGUGAACCCGCGGCGGGAUCGAAGGUAGCCCGCUACUUCGAUCUCGCCCACGCCCUGCGCCAGUCGCUUCCUGCAGACGAAACCACCCGCCGCGGGUUUUGGGUUUGUCGUCAGUGGGACGCGACCGGCCUGCCCCCGCUGGCAGGCAGAGGCGUCCACGCCAGCAGUGUCAGCAUACAGCUGCUGCCGCACCUGUUCGGCGGCUUCCCCGGGCGGUGCGCCAACCACAUACCAGAAUUGAAACUUUUGCGCACUGGUCUCGGUGACCAGCCGCGGCUCCCCGGCGCCGGCCGGGAAAACCGGGGGAGCCGGCGCCUAGAUACUACUUGUGUAUGAAAUAAUGCCUUUUCUUGACCUCCAGUGCCUGCUUUUAGUGUGUUUCUACCUUCCUUGUCUACGGGUGCGCGAAUAAAAUUAUGCUUGAUAGCUGUGGGGUGCGAGCUGUUGCUCUCUGAUAACUGUGUGCUACGCUUGGGACCUGGCUGCGUUGUGUAUUCCACCAGCAGAAUUACGAACAAAACUAGCGGCGCGCGCGCGGUGAGGACCUAUUGCGGAUCGAUAUUUUGUUAGUGCAGGCCGAUAUUUUGUUAGUGCAGGCGGCGCUUCGAAAACAUACAGGGACCGAGUUUGUUUCGCGUGCGCGCUUUGGUAGCUAACAGAACUUUCUCGCACCUGCUUAGCACUCUUGCUGCAGAGUCUACUGAAAGCGGAAAAGACCGAGGCGUAGUUCCUUUCUCAAUGUUUUUCACUGAGUGGUUGUUUUGUUUUGGUUACGCAGCCACGUGUCGCAGUCGGACAAAACCAGGGCAAUAUAAAACGAGGGCGCAUGCACAAAAAGCCCCUUCGCACUUCUUUUCCAGACCGAGACCCAGACAAAACUGCAUUUGAUAGAUGGCCAACUACUGCAAGUCUUUUGUGGACUGGGCACUGCCCAGCUCGUGGGGCCAUUUCCAACAGCUUACCUAUGACCCGAAUUUUUAUUGAGAGGAAAAAUCCCUAUCCCCCCACGUCGACCCCAACAUAUGUAUCGAAAAGGUAUGUUUCCGAAAAUUUGUGUUGCUGAUUCGAGACCUCCGCAGAUAGCGCGUGCCUUGGAAGAAGACAAGCGCAGUAGAGGCUUCCGCGCCAUUAUGGAAGCGAUUUAGCAUGCUGCUGGGGCUGGGCCACCUAGUAGACAGGAGCCGUUUGUAAUGCUAAACAACUAGACCCACACGCCCCGACCUAGGCUGAGGAUCUGGCUGCGAUGCCGUACUGCACGACAGGGCGCGUUUUUUGUCUGUGUACGGAAAUCCAGCAUCAGAAACUGCGUCCCAGGAGUUGGCCUUGGCACUGCUGUCUCUGCUCUCGGUAGCGAUCGCGCUGUCCAAAAUUCUUUCAUGACGCUUACCGGGUUGCACGUGGUUCAAGGUUUAUAGCAUGUUUCGUUACUGAUACUGGGACGCCCUGCCCUUAGCCUUCCAAAAUCAGAAACUUCGUCUCGAUAUGGGGAGCGGGGAUUUUUCCUUUUGAUAGCUUUCGGAUUUUGCUUGGUUUUGACGGUGCGGUCGGGACAUCCCGGCUGUCCAGAGCCAUGACGCACGCCAUCAACGCCGAUGUGCCGUUAUGCAAAAAAGAAACGUUGUUGGUGUUGGUGUAAUAAAUUUGUGAUGCGUAACAUGCAAGAAUCAAGGUGCUUGCGUCUGUGGUCAUGGUGGGCAAACAUUGUAGAGCCCAUAAUUCAAGGGCGUUUUGUUCACGUUGUACUGACCGCGCAUGACAGGUUUUUGCUGUCAUGCCAGAGAUAUUGAUUUGUAUUGUAAUGCUCGUCCUCCUAUCUCUAUCAAAUGCAAAUAUGUCUGGGUCUGGAAACGACUUGUAAUGCUGAACGGCCAUGAUUGAGCGCGCCUUUAAGAAGUGCAGUGCAGCAUGACAAAUGACAAAGCGUGCUCUGUCAUGCGCUGGACGCAUUGCAAACUGCGUUUUAUUUGCAUGACGAAAGAAGUGUGGUGCUUUUAUAAUUUGCUGCCUCUGCAAUACAAAUUUUUUAGCAGUGGUGCGAAACACGCAGUAGGUACACGCUCAAUUACCUCCUUUCCAGACCCAGACACAUUGAUACUUGAUGCAUUUGAUACCUCCAAAUCCAAAUCAAAUAAAGUUACACCUACAAAAAUCUUUUUUUCUUGGAUAGCCGUGUUUCCGAAUCGGAUCCUCGACGGCUCCCUGCAGGUUCAUGUACACCAACAAGCUGGAUUAUCCCACGAAGGAAUGUUUCAACACUGUGAUGAUUUUGCAAGAACCGCAUUACAAGUUUGUUAGUUACACAUGUUGACACAGAAAAUAAAUUUGCCAUGCACGUUUCCCAAGGGAUGAAGACACGCUUGAAACUCCAAUGUUCUAUGCAGGUGUAGCAAGAAGACAAAUAGUUGUGCGUUCCAUUUUCUGCAUCACAAGUUCACAGUGAAAGAACAGUUUUUUCUGGCGAUAUGGAUUCCACCCACCGCAUCACGAAUCCCUUGCACAUCCUCGGUGGGGACCAUCCGUCAUUUACCGACAAAGUGCCCGUGUACGGGAUCACGGGAGUGAUGCCCGGACAGACGGUCCGGUCUCCCGCUCCCCCGACCUACCAAUACAUGUACGCUUUUCGCCCGUCCGUCGCGAGCGACUGUGUGCACUGGAUGAAUUACUUCCCAGGAAAGGGUCACGCACUGCAAGCGGGAGAAUAUGUUCUCGGGACGCUUGUAUGGAUUGCAAGAGUGUCUGGGUCUGGAAGAAUGCAACUUGUGACGCUGCAUUUGGAUUCCAAAAAAAUCUGUAUUGCAUGAGUAGCAAAAGGAGUAUGUAUAUAAUUUUUGCUACAAGGAUAGGGCAUUUGUCAUGCGGAAUAAGCAUCAAGGUGCCCUCAAAAGAUCUGUGAUGCUAGGGCGUGCAUCACAGACAUCAUGGCUCACGCAAGACGUGCGUCACAAGUGGCGUGCCCGGGGAGUUUUGUAAAAACCGGACUUCGUCCGUCUCCGGGUGGCGUGCCCGGGGUUCAGUCUAAAUGAAUUUGCCCGGGAAAAUAACACUCAGCGGGGCAAUCAGGCUUACUCGUAGGCCAGUCGGGGUCUACCCUCUCUCCACGUCGUCACAUGUGGUUGUUGGGUUUUGUUGGCGUGUGUCAGGGGAUCCCUGUCUUUGGCAUUUCCCGACUCCUCCCAUGGGUUCACUUCGAUGAUUGCUGCCGGGGACGUUCUUUAUGCAGUCGGCUGGAUGAUUGACUGUGACCUGGCUCGUACUGUGAACGCAGCUGGAUGACUGUGACCUGGCUCGUCUUCGAUGGGCAGGCGGAUGACUGUGACCUGUCUCGCCCAUCAAGAUCCAUAGUCCCGAGCUCCUAGACGUUGCCUGGCCCGCGAAUGACUCCAGGGCAGCCGGAUGGCCGUGACCUGGUUAGAAAGGGCUUCGUCGAUCGAUUGUGCCACUAGGGCCUUGAGUUCCGGCUACUCCGGAUCGCAAUCGAUGGAGGGCGGGACCUGCACCGGCGACAGGCGCUAUCCAACCAACCAACCAACCAAGUCUCAGAAUCUUCCAGACCCAGACACUUUCGCAUUUGAUAGCUUGCGGGUGCGUUUUACACCUUCGAAGUCUGUUUGCAACGAUUAUUACAAUGAAAAAUGCCCUUGCCCCCCCACCUCAGAUAGAAUUAUUUGCAAAAGUUUCUGAUGCAAAGUUCUUUCCAAAUGAAAACGCUUCGUCUUGUUGCAUGAAAGGACCACCACUACGAGUCUCUCUGGUACAGAACCUAGGCGAGCAACAAGGCAAUAUCUUUUGUACAAGAGUAGAUCCGGCCGGUGCCGGGCUCUUUGCAAAAAAAAUUUCCUAGAGCCAUUCAGUAUGGGCAAUUUUUUGUGAUGCUGCUAUAUUAUGCGAGACGGGGUGGAAUGUUUCUAUUGGAAAGGGUUGAUGCGCAUUACAAGUACAUACAAAUGUUCCCAAGUUCUGGAUUGGGGGCAUUUUUCAUUCUAAUAGCAAUGCGCGAAUGAGGCGAAAUGCACCUUCUUCGUUUUCUAUCCACAGUAAAUUUAUUGUUCCUGUAUUACAACUACACACUGUACAAGAUGAAAUGCGGUUUGUUCUGCAUGACAAGAAGACUUGAUGCCUUCGAUCCUAGUUUCUUAGCAUGACAAAGGGCCGCUCCUGCAACAUGACCACCUAAAAAAUUGGCGAGAUUUGUGAUAUUUGUACGUUGAGGACAUCAUCUUCAUCAGUGUGCUGCGGAAAGUUAAGUGGCAAUUUACUGUGUCGAUAUUUUCACAAACAGCACCUCAGUGCCGGAGUGUUCCCUUCGCAACAGUACUGCGCCGAAUAUGGGACUGUCAAUUGUUACAUCCUCAACUGGUACAACAUGAAUUUGUAAUGCAAGAAUAGCAAAACUCAAAGGGGGUGGACAAGAAUGAAUUGCGCCCCUAGCAUUGCAAAUUCCGCACAGAAGAUUUUAAAUGCUGUUUAGCCCUCGUCCGGGAAUUUGUCAUGUGAAGUCGCUUCACCCCGUGGAUGUUGCAUGACAAAUCGUGUAAGAACAGUUGAGAACGUAACGUUUGAGAACGCCAUACCGCGUAUUCCCAUGGUGUCUGAUUCUACGAAAACCUUUGUGAAGAUUAUGACCUGCUCAAACGUUACAAUCUCGAGCGUUACAAUAGAGUCUGGAUUUUGUGUUGCGGGAUGAGCAUGACAGACGUGGACAACAGCACGCCACUUUCUGCAAUACAAAUUUCGCCGGCUUGUUGUAGUGCGGUUUGGGACUCCGGAACUUGUCAUGCGCAAUCCUAUGAGAGAGAGUCAGUUGGCUACAUAAUGCACCUCUUGCAUCACAGAUUUCGAUAUUCUAUGGUAACCGAUUUGAGAUUGUUGUAACACCUGAGCAGGUUAUAAAGAUGACCGACCGAUGCCGGGAGGACACCAAGAGUGGCAUGAUGGACGCGACAAGCCUCACGGUGUUACCCUGUGCAAAAGUAUCGUACUCGUAGUAAUAAUUCGCGAACAUGCAUGACAAAUCUUGCUCUUAAGAUAUUAAAUCCGCAUUACAAAUUUUAUUUUUCAGCAUGCUGAGAAAGUGAAAAUUUGUAAUGCAUUUAUACGACGAGUACCACGAUAGUACUUUCGCAAUCCAUAGGCGUUGAAGACGACCAAUUACAACCAGGGGCUCGACUAUCAAACAAAAAAAGUUCGUCACGAUCACUCAUGCGCGUUUUUGCAAUACAAAACUUUCUGUCAUGCGUAAAAAUGCAUCACAGCCAAACUUCAUAAGGGAUUUCCCUAGUAUUUCUGCAAUACAAGGAAAAGUUGGCAUGCUGAAAAAAUUUGCAAUGCAAAACCUGCAAGGUAGUGACUGUGACAAACUUUUUUCUCGCCAUAUCGACACCAACCCGCUGUUCAAGACAGCACAAGUGGCGCGGGUGAGCACGGCGCCCUAUGAGCCUGUGGACCUGUUUCAGCUGGACAAGAACCAGUUCGAGGUGACCAGUAACUGGGAGGUGCGCAUGGGAAUGAAGAACCUGACGGCGCGAACCGUUCCCAAUACCGUAACGGAAAACGACCCCGUGUACGGCAGCGCUCGGGUACGCGGCGCUUACAGCAGCACGGACUUUAUCAAUGUAGGGAAGGGUUACUGUACCGGCGAGGGGAUCAAGGGAUCCGAGGAACAGUUGGCGGUGACGUAUGAUGACUGUGUUAGAAAUAUCAACCGCAAAUAAAAUGUCUGGGUCUGGAAGAUUGCAACUUGUAAUGCUGUUUCUGGACGGUAAAAAAAUUUGCAUUGCAUGUGAACCAGCAAGAAGGGUAGGACUCUGAAAAGAUAAAGAUUUGCAUUGCAUGACCAGCAAGAGGGGUGCGAUUUGGGCUACACGGACAGGGCAUUUCUCAUGCGGAAGGUGCAUCAGGAUUGGUUCUAAAAACCUGUGAUGCUAGGGCAUACAUCACAGACAAUCAUGGGUCAUGAGAAAUAUGCAUGACAAAUCUUGCACAGUGUGUCGCACUUCGGUUUAGCAUGACAAAUCUUGCAGUCUUCCAGACCCAGACAUUUUUGCAGUGCAUAAAAAGUUGUGAGGAUCAGUCUAUUCGGAAGAACGGCGGCUUUCCUAUUGUGAGGCAAAGUGGUCCCCUCUCCCCAUAUUGAAAAGGUACCAUGCACAUGCUCCUCAAAAUUUCUGACGCUGAUUUGUGACCACAAAUCCUGUCAUCUCUCUUGCAAGUAGGAGGCAAAUAAUCCGAAGAUGAAUCCGCCGACUUUUUAUGGAGGCGAUUUCUUUGUAAAAAUGCUGUCUCACGACCUGCUUCGUGGCAGCGCAGGAGGCCUCUGCUAUUCUAAGCACCCACACCAGACCGCCCCUGCACAGGCUUUGGCUUUGCCUGCGAUGCCUCGCUGCAAGACUAGAGAGCUGAUUUGUGUACUACACAGAAGAUCCACCAGAAGCAACCUGGCAUCAAAGCCGAUGAGUUCGGGCUGGGGGUUCUUGCGACGGGGGGUUAUGGAACUGGCAAGAAAGCCGAUGAGUUCGGGCUGCUGGCUGAUGUUCCACUUCCUCUACUUAGCGGUACCAGUUUAUUCUUCGCCCUUACCCACAAAGAACCCAGCAACAGAAAUUUGCUUUUCAAUAUGGGAGGAAUCAUUUAUUUUCAUUUUGAUAUUUCCAUGCAUCGGGUUCAUCUCGGAAGACACGCUGGCGAUGUCUGGGGGGAGCUGCGUACGGUUUUUCGGGGAGGGCUCGCUGGUUGGAAAACAACAUACCGGAUUCUUGGGUAUAUGCAUUGCAAAAGUAUCGUACUAGUAGUAGUAUAAAUUGCAUCACAAAUAAUUUCAUUGGCAAGAAGAAAAGUGGAAUUGGUAAUGCUGUUUUACCUUAGGAAGGAGAUUCGUCAUGCAUAUAAUUUGCAAUUAGAAGUACGACUACGAUACUUUUGCACACCAGCUGGAUAGGGGACCAAGUGGAACAAUCUUCCUUGCCAGCAGAUCCUGAUCACCACCUGGGGCUGCAACCAGGACUGCUUCGAAGCGCUGUGUUCCAAGGGCAUGGCCAAAAAUCUCGGGCCGCUGUUCAUGGAAGGAUUUCACAACUACCUCGCGAAAAACUGGGCCACGGACCCGGUGAUAUCCAAGAAAAAAAUUGUGUUAGUGUAACUUUCUUUGGUUGACAGCAUCACAAAUUUGCUCUACAUGACAGAGAAAGCCUGUCAUGCGCGGCUUGUAAGGGAAAACACACGUGAAAAGAGGACUUCAUGGUUGUCUGGCAUGACAGGUGUAACUCUGAUGCAUGUUCUGCAUUACAGAGCUACACUUACACAGUUUUUUUCUUGCAUAGGUUACCGGAGCCAACCAGUGGCGCAGCACCGGGCUAUCAAAUGUAAAAAUGUCUGGGUCUGGAAGGGUUGGAACUUGUGAUGCAAACUCUGGAACACACAAAAAUUUGUGUUGCAUGAGCGCCAAAAGCUGUCCGUUUCUUGGCACGCAAGUAGGAAGUUCCUCAUGCGGGACAGGCAACGUGAGGCGUGCUCAAACCUGUGAUGCUUCUGCCUGCAUCAGACGCCACUUGCGUGAUCCGAAAUAUGCAUGACAAAUCUCAGAAUCUUCCAGACCCAGACAUUUUUACAUUUGAUACGGGCUGACUCUGAACCACUUCCGCAUCAAUUCCAUGCAGUGCGGGUUCGCGCCAACAACGCCCGAAAGUCCGUCCGACUAUCAAGUGUAAAGAUGUCUGGGGCCGCUGGAUGAAGAUUGCGAGGUUUCUCAUGCUUGUCUGGCAUGACGCUAUCUUAAAUCUGUCAUGCACGUUCUUACCCAAGAGCUCCGCUCUUCUGUGAUGCAGAAGCGCAGUUUGUCUUCAUGCAGAAACAGAAUAGGCAACGCCUAGGAGCUCAGAAACCUUUCAUGCUGAGCCAGCAUUUGUAGCCCCAUCAUGAUGACACGCCACCCAGCAUCACAAGUUUCCAGACCCAGACAUUUUUGCAUUUGAUACCGAAACAAGGAUUACGAUGCUCGCAAAUGCAGCUUCGUCGGGGUGGAACGUCUAUUACAAUGAAAAAUGCCGCCUCGACCCCAUAUCAAAACGGAAAUCUGUGAUGCAGAUUUGUGGUCACAAAUCAGCUUUGUGAUGCUAGAAGGCAAAAGAUGCGGACUGUAGUGCUGCCUAGCGUGGGACGAGAGCCUUGCAGCUCCAGGAUGACAGGAGGCAACUGGAAGGGGGAAUAAACUGCAUGACAGAUUACCUGCACGCCGCCCGCUUCUGCUUUCUGUUUCCUUACGUCUCCUUGUCCCUACCUUUCGCUUUGCUCGUGCCGAGACUCCUUUUCUCGGUGCCAGCACUUCACACCCUACGGGGCCUGAGGUUGCUACAUGCCUGGUGAUUACGUGUAUGGGAGUCAGCAUACACUUAGAGUUGUGAUCUCCCUCGGGUCGGUUUUCUUCUUGUGUCGCUUUCUUUUGUGCCGCCGGCGUUCUUCAACAAGAAGACUUUCUCGCGCCUGAUUGUCUGCUAUGCAUGUGAAAAAUUUGUAUGUCGAUGUGGUUGCACGGGACUGAGACUGAACAGACGGCGAACGUUUUCAGUUUUGACGUGUGUCGGAACUGACACUACAGUGGCCAGCCCGAGUAGAGCUUGUUCGUUCCUUGUGGCUUUCGUGUUCCUCUGUCUGUGCCAUGGGUCUAUGAGAGACUUCGACGUAGAAGUAGUAACGGUAGUUUUGUAAUCCACGUAUUUUUCGCGUGGUUGUCCUAGGUGAGCUAGCACCCGUACCUAUGGACAACCAUCCAAGACGCGGAAAAUAGAGAGCACUUUGGUCCUUGGCUUUCUCUUGUUUGGUCAUGAAUUUCGAGCCACUUCUUAGGGUGGUCGAGAAAGUCAGGCUAAAGACGGCACGGGCAGAAGUGGAUCGGUUUAGACGCGCGCUAGUAUGUAGUGCUAGUGCAGGAAAAUUAUAUUGAGUUUAGCUUGGGUUAGAUAGUUUCUUUCCCGUCUUGGGGUUUGUAAUGUAGUUGCCCCGCCCUUGUUUUUUCGGGCGUGUUCCGACCUUUUGCAUGAUCUGAUGCUGUCUCGGUCGGUGGCGUAUGCGGUUCCAUCUCUGCUCCCUCGGUUGCGGACGUUUUUGCAUUUGUCCGCUGCGACAGUUCGCCUUGUUUGCGGCUGCUCGCCAUGAAAGCAACUACAUUAUAUCUUGUUUCACUUUUUAAGAGGGGUUUCUUCGUAGUUGGGACUGUGCCAUAGUAGAUCCUUUACCGCUUUUUUACCUUUCUUUUAUCCCUCGGCGCUGGUGGGUCUGCCGGCAAAAUUAUCCCUACUCAGAUAGCUACAAAGCUCGUCCCGCAGCCGUCCCAGGAGCUUUUGUAGCUGUCUCUCGGUAGAGAUCGCUUUGUCCGUGCUUAUUCCGCUCAGAGUCUGCUGAGUAGGUGGUUACCGUUUGUAGCUUUUAUAAAGAAAUGGGACGCCCUGCCCUUAGCCUUCCAACAUGACAGAUUACCUGCAAAAAUUUAUGGCGCAGCUACGUCUCUUGGCCUUCUAGCAAUACAAAACGAUAAUUUGUGUACUCAAAUACUUUACAGCAUCACAAAUUCAUCGCGCAUCUUCCGUUUCCGAUAUAAUGGGGUCCUCGUGGGGGCUUUUUUCACUGUAAUAACAUCGACAGCUUCCUCAAGCACCCGCACAAACUCCAGUUUACCGUGCACAACGUCAAGGACCAAGCAACCGCGGACCGGAUCAAAACGCUGCUGUCCGCCGCGGGGGCCUUUUCCUUCGGCGGACAGGAAUCGACGGGGUUCCCUGUCAGCGUGCAGGCCGACGCUGCGCGCGACCUCGUGAACGAAGUGACAAACAUGCUCUAUGCCGGUCACCAUUCGUACCAGGAUCCGGGGACCACCGGCGCGUCGAACUUGCGGACGCACAUGCGCAACGGACUGUACUUGUUGGAGGAAAUGGUGGGAGAGAAAGCCGUGGGGGAGCCGGGGGCGUGGGACCUCGCUACAGGACGGUACUCCUCGCGGAAAAGGUACCAAACGGGGCCCAUCAUCCAGAUGCUGGCGGCGCCUCUGAGUCCGGGUGUCCACAACGACUACAAUGCUAGCAGCGCCUAUGGGUGUGUCAGGAUCGAAAUCGCCAGAGUUGAAAUAGUUUGCAAUGCAGAAAAUGCAUGACGCGAGGUACGUGCGUUGCAGAGCAGACCAAAGUGGUUGUAGGCGCUUAGGGCGAACUAUGUAUGUAGCGCUUCGGGCCCUUCCGUGCGGCCAUUUGUAUGUCCCGCAACGGGGUUCGCCUAAGUCGGUCAUUUGUAUGCAGGGCGUUGGGUUACCCGGUCGGCAGAGCCGACCCACAACGAACGAAGAGCAGGCAAGUGAGGCAGAUUGUAAGCCUGUUUGGCGUUAGAGCUCGAGCUGCUAAAGUAGCACGACAAAAGCAGUCUUCUGUGCCCAAACAGCAUGGCAAACUGGAUACAAUAAGAACCACCAAAAUUUGUCACGCGCUCCUUGGAAAAUCAACUGGCAUUCAUUUUAUGCAUGGCAAAUCAUUUUAACUUUGUAAUGAAUUUCAAGCCUGACGGCUCCAUAGCACCGCCGCCAUGCUGGAUUACCGAACCGGCGCGGAGUUCCUUGUGAAGCAGACCGUCGCCGUAUCAAAAUGAAAAAUCCCCCCUCCCCAUACCUCCAAAGCGGGACACUUCUGAAAAUUUGGGUUACAUUCCAAAUCACGUUAUCAACUUGGAAUCACGUUAGUGGAAUCGCGUUUGCAAUAGAAUCAAGUUAAUGGAAUCAAGUUAGCAGAGUCUGGGUUUAGGGUUUGGGGUCUAGGGUUCGGGGUUUCUGGUCGUCGGCCAGGGCAGCUGCCCUGGCCGGCGACUCUCUCCGCUGUCCCGUUGUUGUGCCCGCCGCUGUGGCCCCGCGCCCGGCCCUGCCCGCCCUUGGUUGUGGCUGUGUUAGUUGUCCGCCGUGGUUCUCGUUGCUUCCCUCGGUCAGCUCCUUGGUCGGCUGGGCGCAACAUUGAUUCCGGCGGACGUUUAGGCUGUAGACAUUUCGUUGCCUAAGUUGUUUCGCUUCCUUCCAGUUGUAUCAACUCGAUUCGGCAAACGCGAUCCCAUAGCAAACCUGAUUCCGUUAAUUUGAUUCGAUUAGUAAACGUGAUUCCUGAUUUUGCCUAACGUGAUACGGGUGACUUCCGAAAAUUUGUGAUGCUGAUUUGAGGCCACAAAUCGUCUCUGUAUUGCAAGAAGGCAAAGCCAAAAAACUCGUCGCGUUCUGCAGGCAAUUUGUCACGCUGUAUGGCCUACGGGGGAUAUGCGAGCGUGCCGCGCUAGGCGCCUACACCAUCAAAACGCUCCCACUCCGGCUUUGUAUCUGCCUACAGUCCUCUACUACAGGGGAAAGCUGAUUUGUGUACACAAAUCCCGCAGCACAGAUUGCCACUUUGAUAUGGGGAGGGGGGAUUCGUUUUUCCUUUUGAUACGCCGCGCCCACAGUCGCAGACAUGAGAAAACUGAUGAAUGAAAUGCAGCUGGCGCAGGGUUCGGACCCGCCCGCCAUGUCCCUCGUUCCGACCGCGAAAAAGAUCUCGGUGUACGUGCCCCUCGAGCUGUAUGGCAUUCUCAAGCGUUACACUCUCAACUGUUACAUGAACUUGUCAUGCAAAAGUACCAUGAUCAUCCACAAGAUCAAGCUGCUUCGCGUGACAAAUUCGCGAAGGGCUAAACAGCACCAAAAUCUGCGCAAAAUUUGUAUUGCAAAAGGCGCAACCUUCCUCCUUUCACUUUUUCCAUUCUUGCAUCACAAAUUCAUGUUGUAACAGUUGAGAAUGUAACAGCUGAGAACGCCAUAAGCUGAACUUCAAUGCCACCCUGGACGGGACCGAUUGCACAGAGCAAAAACUGUGGCAGGCGGGGGGCCUCGGCUACAAGGUGUUGGCGUCCCUUUACCACUUCCUCGUGGACGACAUCGAGUAUUUCGCGAAAAGCCGAACGGUAUCAAAUGCAAAUAUCGAUCUCAGUCUGGAAGAAUGCAAUGUCAUUUGUCAUGCACGGCGACGGCUAGCAUGGCUCGUCUCAAGUCUGUCAUGCAUUUCUUGCACGCCACCCAAAAGCCACGCUUCCCUGUCAUGCAGAUGAAACGCAGUUUGUCAUCCAGAUAGGCAAGAACACUUCUAUACUUAAGCAACUUCAAAACUUGAUGUCAUGAUUGGCUGUCAAUGAAGGCGUCCAGCACUUGAUGAUUCGCCAAACAGCAUCAACACAAGUUUCCAGACCCAGACAUGUUUGCAUUGCAUAAGCGGCGAGCUCCUACGCAACUACAUCUGCAGCGGACGGAAACAAGCCGCACCCCGUAUCAAAAUGAAAAAUCCCCCCUCCCCAUAUUAAAACGGGGAUUUGUGUAGCAUGAUUUGUGAUCAAAAAUCACGUUGUCAUGCUAGAAGGGAAGUAGAGACGCGGACUCUAGUACUGGCUGGCUGUGGAAAGCCUUGCGUCUUCAGCAUGACAGGAAGCAACUAGACAAGCGGCAAACAGCAUGACAGACUAGUACCUGCAAUAACGAGGCCGCAACUGCGUGGUCUCUUGGCCUCCUAGCAAUACAAUUCGAUUUGUCUAUAUGCUUAUGCAAAUACAGCAUCACAAAUCUCCUUUUCGAUAUGGGGAGGCGGGGGCAUUUUUCCUCUCAAUACCUCGACAUGUUCAAACUGCGUAGCGCGGUGUGCUACUACCGUUGCCCAGCGCGUGGGAGUCUUUUCAAGAAGAGCGAAGUCAUGCCUGAGAGCGAAGGAAACGUUUACAUGCAAUUCAUGUACCGCCUCUACAAAAACAAGGCCGACUAUGGGAGUCGUGUCAGGAUUGAAAUCGUCAAAGUUGUUGAAAAGAUUUGGAAUGCAUAAAGCCAAUUAUACCAGUAGUAGCCCACUCAUCAAGUGGCGCAUGACAAAUUUUCUGAGCACCGGAAUCCAAUUUGUCUUUGUCAUGCUAUUUGGGAACACAAACAGAAGACUGCUUUUGUCAUGCUCCUUCAGCAGCUCUAUGCCAAACCGUUAACAGGCUUGCAAUCGGCCUCACUUGCCAUCCCAGCAAGACAGGCACUCCAUGCGUUGCAUCUUAUGCAUGACAAACUUUUUCAACUUUGGCGAUUUCGAUCCUGACACUCCCAUACCGACUACUGCGCCGUGUACACAAGUGAAAUAUGCCCCCGCCCCCGGAAGUCAGCAAUUCUGGGGUGCUUAGGAGGCGCCCCAUCUGGUGAUUAGGAAGCUACCCAUCUGGUGCUUGAGAGGCAUUCGUCUUGCAAUAUUUGGCACCCGAGUCGGGCUCCGGAAGCUUUUGGCGCGGUCAUGCACAAAAACGAAAUCUGGGAAAAGCUCGACAGGCGACUUCAAUUAUGAGUCGGUGAAUGCAAGCGAUCCGGCUGCCAAAUGGGGGCGCAUUUGACAACCGAUCUGCCGGAAUCCGGCGGCGCAGAAGGAGCCGGCUUUGUGGCUGCCGAAUCGGGCCUGUAGCAUGCGGAUUCUCUUUAGAAAAGCCGCAAUCUUUUUGAGCGCCAGAUCCCGGCAGAUCGGGUGUCAAAUGCUCCCCCAUUUGACACCUGGAUCGCCGGACUUGCCGCAUCGGGCGAGUGCAGCGCCCACCUUUUGGCGCCUGCAUGCAAAAACUUCACAUGCGUGCUGCAAAAUGUCACAAAUCCGGAGCCUGACUUGGGAGCCAAAUAAUGCAAGAUGGUUGCCUCUUAGGCACCAGAUGGGAUGCUUCCGAAGCACCAGAUGAGGUGCCUCCUAAGCACCCCAGAGUUGCUGACUUCCGGGGGCGGGGGCAUAUUUCACUUGUGUACCGUGAGUGAGGACACCAGAUGGCACUGGACCGAAAAGUAUGGAGUGCAAAUAUCUUACUUUCUGGAUGUCUGGAAGAAUGCAACUUUUGAUGCUGCAUUUGGAUUCCAAAACAAGAAUCUGCAGUGCAUGAGCAGCAAAAGGAUUUUCAUUUUUGCUAUACUGAGAGGUGGGAAAUUUUGUCAUGCGGAAAGAUGGGCAUCAUCAUCAAGAAGCCCUUCAAGAAUCUGUGAUGCUAGGGCAUGCACCUUAGACAUGAUCAUGGCUGACGAUGGCUGACGCAAAACGUGAAUGACAAAAGUCCCAGAUGAAUCUUCCUGACCCAGACACAUUUGCAUUUCAUAAAUAUGGGACCCAAGUUGGGGUGUCGACGGGGAGCGACAACUAUGCAAUGCAAAAGUAUAAUCGUACUAGUAUAUUAAAUUGCAUUACAAAUUCCACCCCCAGCAUUACAAAUUGAAUUUGUAAUGGUGAUUUACUUUGACAAGUGGAUUUGUAAUGCAUAAAUGCAAUUACUACGAGUGCGAUACUUUUGCACAGGAUAGCAACGGCGUCGCCAAACUCUGGUCGGACAAGUUUGGUUAUGCAAGAAAAAAACUGUGUAAGUGUUAUAAAUGUAUGCCCGGGUAGCAACAGGCUAGCGAGCCUGUGAGCCUAGGCUGAGGAUGGUCGGGCGGUAUUUUAUGCCCGUGUCCGCCCUCAGCCCUUAGUUUACGGUAGCCAGGACUUGAGAAGAUUAGUCAGGACAACCCACCGAAUUUCGGGGUGGUAUUUGUUCGCCUUCUCUUGUUCCCAGGGAGUAACGCCCCUGCCGUUGGUAGUAAGUCUCGUUUGUCCCGCUUUGCGGAUGAUCGUUAGUCCCGCUUUGCGGAUGAUCGUUAGUCCCGCUUUGCGGAUGAUUGGCCCGCUUUGCGGAUGAUUGGCCCGCUUUGCGGAUGAUCGUUAGUCCCGCUUUGCGGAUGAUUGUUUGGCCCGCUUUGCGGAUGAUUUGGCUUCCGCUUGUCGGAAAUUUUGGCUUCCGCUUGUCGGAAAUUUUGGCUUUCCGCUUGUCGGAAAAUUUGGCUUCCGCUUGUCGGAAAUUUUGGCUUCCGCUUUUUCGGAGCCUCGAACUUUGGCUUCCGCUUGUCGGGAAAUUUGGCUUCCGCCUUUCGCAAGUUCUGGCUUUCGCUUGUCCGAAGGUCUAGCUUGGUCCGCUGUGCGGGAAUUUUGGACUCCGAAGGUCGGAAACGUCUCGUUGCCAGCUAUCUAUGCGGGAUAGGUGUUGUCUGGCCGUUCUGUCCUCGGGACGAGGAACGGCGGUCGGUCUCGCUUUGCGAUGGGAGGAGGGGUCGUUUGGCACUGGCGGUUCGAACCCGUUACCCUUGCGAACUUUCUCCCUGACUAGAGCGCUGGACUUCGUUGGAUCUGCUUUGAGAUAAAUAUCCGGACUUCCCCUCCCAUCGCUAUGCGAGACCGAGACUCGUCCGAUUGGUUUGUAAUGGGGCUAUGCUAAGCCUGGGCGAUCGCGGUUUUUCGUUCUAUUUGGCGGACCCUUCUGAUAGGCCCGCGUCUUAGUCUAUCGGCCCACUUUUCAGCCCGUCGUCGUUCGUUGCUACGCCUUCAUCGAUGGGGCGCACCGGUUUCCCAAAUUCAUCUACUGGCCGCAAGCGCCACAGCGGGUUCUUUGGGAUGCUUCGGCGUAUCCGGCCUCCGCCGGUGGGUCAGGUGCUCCAUCUCCCUGGGCGCCUCGACGACGCGGUGGGGGACUGCUCCCACCGAGCGGCCAUCCAUUGGGUGGCCCGUCUGCGGUAACUGCAUAAAAUGUAUGCCCGGGUAGCAACAGGCUAGCGAGCCUGUGAGCCUAGGCUGAGGAUGGUCGGGCGGUAUUUUAUGCCCGUGUCCGCCCUCAGCCCUUAGUUUACGGUAGCCAGGACUUGAGAAGAUUAGUCAGGACAGCCCACCGACUUUCGGGGUGGUAUUUGUUUCGCCCGCCCCCCCUCCCAUUUGCUUCUAGGUGGUUACGUUACCACGGAUGGGCCGCUAAGACCUCGCGCCGCCCUUUUCUUACGGGGUGUGACAGAGGUCCAUGUCUUCCAUCGCGGGUCAGGUGCUCCAUCUCCCUGGGCGCCUCGACGACGCGGUGGGGGACUGCUCCCACCGAGCGGCCAUCCAUUGGGUGGCCCGUCUGCGGUAACUGCAUAAAAUUAUGUUACGAAACACGCACGGCAUGCACCGAAAGUCGCUGAAUUUUUGUCGUUCCAAAACGCGCAAAAUGGUGUAAAAAUCGACUCAAAAACUUCAAAACGAUGGCAAAAGCCACGAAAAACGCUACAAAUCGGAUAAAAUGCGACGAAAAAAAAGUCCGCGAAUAUUCGCCGAGAUUUCGCAAAUUGCCGCGGUUCGGGCCUGCGUUUUUGUAAAUGAAAUGGGACAAAAUGCGCGCAAAUUGAGUCAAUAGCAUGCGAAAUCGCGCAAAAUGACACCGGAAACGCACCAAAUUAGUCAAAAACGCAACAAAUGAGGCCAGUAGUAUAGCAAGCGGGCAAAAGUGGCACCGUUUUGGCUUAGUACAAUAACAAAAGCAGCAAAAUGGCCGCAGAAGCGAAUCAAAAAGCACGAAAACGCGCAAAGCUUGCCUUAUUUUGCUACAAAUGGAUCAAAAUGCGCGCAAAUUGCGUCAAUAAUUUGCGAAACGGUGCAAAAUGGCAGCGAAGUCGGGCUGUUUUGUUUCAAAACGCGCAAAAUGGUGCAAAAAUCAGACCAAAAACGGCAAAGCGAUGGCAAAAACUACAAAAAGCGCUCCAAUAAAUCAAAGAAAACGCGCCCGCGUAUAUGCGCCACGUUUGUUCAAAUUGUUACGGUUGUGGCUUGGUAAGCAAAACACAACAAAAAACCGGCGAGGCAUCCUGGAACAGAGUCGCGCAAGGAAGAAGCAGCACGCGGGCGCGUGGGUUGCCGCGUUUGGAGUUUUGCUGUGUGCAUCUCGGUGCAUAAAUCAGACGGGCUCGGUGUUGGCGCAUCCACAACCAUGGCCAGGGCGUGUGGCGUGACCUGACGCUUGCGAAAAAAGUCCAAGCGCGCCACGUUGCUGAGUAACUUGCUCCGCUCUUCAUAUAUGAGCGACUCUGGCGCGAAGUCUAUCACUCACGCGAGAAAUUCCGGCCACGCUAGGCAAGCUUUUUCUGGCCUUCAUGUUGGUAAGCUUUUCUGGCCUUUCAUCAUUGAGCGAAACCGUUGCAAUUUGCGACGCGUCUUCAACUCGACCAGAUACCACAUAGCCCGUCCCAUGCGUAAGCGCGUCGACAUCUGAGCCAUGCAACAACUCGCCUGAUAUUGUCACGCCUUGAACGGCGUGGAACGUCAGGCGGGAGCACCCCGGGCGGAUUUUUUUUCUGAAAUAUGGCUAAUUUUCCCGGUAUUCCAAAAAUUCCGGCCGCCCUUUGUGGGUGACCCCGUCCGUCCCCGUCCGGAGCCCGUCGGGUGAGGCCGGUCGGCCGGUCGUGUGUUGCGUCAUUAUCUGUCCGUGGUUAGCCUGCGCGCAGGCCAGAAGCCGCGGAAGCCAGGCGGCCUCCGCGGUUUCUAGGCUUUUAAAAUUUAAAAAUUUGGGUCGUUUUCCGGGGUAAAGCGGGCCGCGCAAUUUGGUGGGCUCGCGUUGGUGUCUGGCGUGGUUGGUUUGCCGGCCAUUUGUUGUUUCCUCUGGGUUACGUCGUUGGGGUUGUCUUUGCCUUGGAUCCGCCGAUCCGACAUUGCGCAUGAUUCUGCGCGUUACCAUUUCAGGUCGUGACGUCGUGUUGGUCUGUGUCUUUUUUGGGGAGAGGGAGAGGCUGUACAUCAGGGACAUGAUGUUCGAUAUAUGUCGAGCACCAUCUCCCGACGUCGCCUGCAGUCAGAGAUUUCAGGGCGCGAAAUCUCUGACAGCCAAGUUCCGGAAGAUCGGAAAGACCUGUUUUCGACCUUCUAAAACUGGUCAAUCAUGCUUCCGAAAUGCCGGCCGCGGUCCUUCUAAAAUCCGAAAACUCGGAUUUUCCACGGGAUUUUGCGCUACCGGGCAUUUUAGAAGAUUUUUAGAAGCCGGGCAGGUUCCCGGAUUUUUCGUCUUCGGACGGAAAAUUAAAAGUUUUUUAGAAGUGGCUUUUAGAAGCCAUUUUUAGAAGGUCAUUUUAGAAGUGGCUUUUAGAAGCCACUUUUAGAAGGUCAUUUUAGAAGCCCAUUUUAGAAGCCCAUUUUAGAAGCGAAAAUUAGAAGGUUUUUUAGAAGGAAAAUUAAAAGCCACUCCAGAAGCGAAAACCUGCGGCAAGAAGUCAUGUGGGGAGAUGACUUCUAGGAUUCGCUUCUGGAAUGACGUCGCAGCCUGCGCUCUGAUUUUCGCUCGGGGGCCGGGGCUCUGGGAUCUUCUUUGGAGAGCGCCUGUGGGGUGUCUUGUGAAUCGGGUUGGGUUGCGUGGGGUUUUCAUUUAUCGCAACCCCACCGAAGGGGCGGUGUUUGCAUGGGUUGCGCAACACAGGGCAGUUGGGAUCUUUAUGAUGCCGGUUUUUUUGCCAGCAGGCAUUCGGGGUGGCCGCCGCGGUCACCCCUAUUGCUUGCUGGCAUUGUUGUUCCCCUCCCCAUUCCCGACGGCGGCUUGCCGAAAAAAAUGAAAAACCGGGAAAAUUAGAAGUAGACUAGAAGGCGGAACCGCCCCGGGCCUUUCCGCCUGAGGAACGUUUUGCAAUACGCUAACCGCAAGGGAAACUGCAAAGGCCGACGCUGUUCCCCAUAAGCUUCGACCAUCUGAAUAGGCAGACGCGGCACGAGCAGCAUGCUGGUGAGUGGCUCUGCGUCAAGUGCGUCGCUUUCGCCUUCGAUUUCAACUUCGGGCGAGACGAAGUCACGCCCUACAUCGCGCGCGAUGCUUCUCGUGUGCUUCACGGCGGACCCAUAACGCCGGCAAAAUUCCACGCGAGACCCUUCGACGAGCUCCAAGGCGAUGGGCGGGCAAUCGUUUCCGGGUACUGUUUCGCAAAUGCUUUCACGAGGAACACACCCGCGGCGCCCUUCCGCGCGAUAUGUCACUGCUUUAGCUCUGGGGCUAGACGCGCGAUGCGUUUUGCGAGCGAGUUUGCUCCACCGACGGCACUGGCGAUGCGUAGCGGCUGAAAUUUGCGCGCGUGGUGAUAAGACGACGCGCUCUGCGGCUGUUAUUUUGUUAACGUGCUCAAACCUGUGCAAACCAAUUUCCUGCGAUUCCGUCGCCAAAGUUUCGACAAAAUCGGCCCAGCUCUGUUCGGUGUUGGCGUUUUUUCGCCCUAAUUUGUCCAAUUGGUGAAGCCCUGCGAAGGGUUUUUUUCAAAAACGGAACCGCAUGCAAUGAAUGGGUUAGCAGAUCCGCGCGAGCGACUGGCAAAUGUGGCCCGUAAACUGAUGGCAAAAGCCACAGCAAAACGCUUCGAAUCGGUGAAGACGCGACGGAAAAACGUCCGCGAAUAUUCGCCGCGAUUUCUCAAAUUGUCGCGGUUCGGGUUUGCGUUUUUGUGAAUCAAAUGGGACAAAAUCAAUGCGCGCGAAUUAGGUCAGUAGUUUGCUAAAUGGUGCAAAAUGAAACCGAAAACGCACCAAAUUAGUUAAAGCGGCUCGCUUGGCUUGGUACAUUAGCAAACGGAGCAGAAUAGCCGCAAAAGCGAAACAAAAGGCACAGAAACGCGAAAAAUGACACAGAAACCAGACCAAAAACGCCAAAACGGUUGCCAAAGUCGCGCGCAGCGCACCAAAUGGAAAAAAGUGCGACGGAAAAAAACCCGCAAACAUGUGCCGGGAUUUCUCGAAUUGUCGCGGUUUCGGCUUGCUUACUUGUUAAUCAAAUGGGGAAAAAUGCGCGCAACUCACGACAGUAGUUAGCAAAAGACCACAAACUGACAGCGCAAACUCCUCAAAUUGAUCAAAACAGAGCCAAGGCGACGCGAAUGCGAGCCCAAUCCCGCAAAACGGCAACGAAUGCAGACAGUAGCUAAUCAAAUGAGCCACGAGCGCACUCGUUUGGCUUGGUACAUUAGCACACGGAGCAAAGUGGGGGCACAAAGAAAAUAAAGCAAGGGAAGUCGGCGCGGUUGAUAAUCAAACGAGCCCAAAGCGCAAGGAUCUCGCCAAGUAUAGCAGCAAGCGACGAAGGGGCAGAAAAACGUCCAAACAGCGCAACAGGCAGCGGAAUGAGCUUGCAUUGCAAUCCAAACCACACCGGUGCCCCAUGUUGGAGCGGUAGCAAAACAACUGGCCCACAGGCGCCGGCUAGGCCUAAUACAGGCGCAAACGUGACGAAAUGGGACGCAAUCGCACGCGAAGAAGGCGGCAAGCGGGUGCGCGGGUUGCAGCGUUCAGCCCUUUGGCUUUGCAUGCCUCUCGACGUUAUUAGCCACAUCGGUGCAAAACUUGCUUCGGGCAUAGCACUGGCGUGCCCGGGGCCGAUCGAAACCGAAGCAGCUGGCGCGAAAUCAUUCACGCAAGAAACCCCGGCCGCACUAUUUUGGCGGACUUUUCCGGCCUUUCGUCAUUGGGCGGCACCAUUUCGAUCUGCGACUCAUCUUCGACCCGACCGAAUACGACAGGGCAAGGCAAAUUCUUUCCCGCGGGGCGGCGCGGCAUGCAACUCAGAGCAACGAACCAACCAGCGAAAAGACGCAGCGGCCAGGCGAGCGAGGGCGCGGAAACUCCCUCGGCGCCCUCUACCAUUGGCGCCCGGCCCGCUCGCCCAGGGCCAGGCAAAUUCCCGUGGGGCGACGCGAAACGCAACUCAGAGACACGAACCAACCAAAGCAGCGACACAGCGGCCAGGCCAGAGCACGGAGACGCGGCGCCCCCUACCACUGGCGCCCGUCCCAAUCGCCCAGGGCCAGGCGAAUUCCCGUGGGGCGGCACGACAUGCAACUCAGAGGCGAGCCAGCCAAGGCAAAAGCGCAGCGCCCAGGCAAGGGCGCGGAGACUCGACGCCCUCUACCACGGGCGUCCGGCCCGCUCGCCCAGGGCCACGCAAAUUCCCGCGGGGCAGCGCGAUAAAUAUGAAACGCGGAGCAACACAACGACGCAGCGGCCGCGGCACGGACACAAGGAAGAUAGAACCGGCCGCGGCGGCCACCUUGCCUGCUAUUUGUCACGGUCUGGGAGCGCAGGCGCCGGGAGGGCAGUCGCCGUCCCCAAGGCGCCGGCCUCUGAUCGCUUCCCUGUCUUUCUUUUGCCAACCGCCCCGGCAAGCGUUCGCGUUUUAUUUGAAUCGAUUUCGGGGAGCGCUGCGCGUUUCAUUUUCGGGCCCCUUUCAUGCAAAUCAAGAAAGUUUCACUUUCUCGGGCCGUGCUCUUUCGCUCCCUCUGCGGGAGUAAGUCUGUGACGCAGAAAGUGCAAAACAGUUACACUUGUCAUGCUGGACAUGCGUCUGAAGCUCUCUUCGUACGUGUUUGCACGUACUAGGCGCGCGUGACAGGCUCUCUCUCUCAUGCAGAGCAAAUUUGUGAUGCUAUUCCUCCAAGAAAGUUACACUAACACAGUUUCUUUCUUGGAUAUUGGUGGCAAGGAAUCCUAUAUGCAUUGCAAAUGUGUCUGGGUCUGGAAGAAUGAAGCCUGUCAUGCGAAGGCUGGAUCACGAGAAAGUCUGUGUUGCAUGAUGAACGCCAACAGUUAACGAAUUCUCGCUAGGUAAAACUAAAAUAACGGGAAUUUCUCAUGCGGAAGAGGCAUCCAUGAGGAACACGAACAAGGUCUCAAAAAAUCUGUGAUGCUUCUGUCUGCAUUCCAGACCAUGUUGAGUGCUGUGGUCCGCGAGAUGCAUGACAAAUCUUGCAACUUCUACUUUCCAGACCCAGACACUUUUGCAUUUGAUAUCACUUCCCGGAGACAAACACAAUCUGUGGCAAGGUACCUUGCUACAAUUUCCCCAGCUCCCACUGGACGCGUUCCCCCAGUUUGCGACGGGCGCGGGUUUUUUUGUGGACAUCUACGGAAAUUUCGAGAAUGGCGCGCCGCCGGACCUUAUCAAAUGCAAAACCAAAAGUGUCUGGGUCUGGGAGAUUCCGAAAUUUGUCAUGCAGUUUUUUCCAGCUCCCCCACGUCUGGAAUCAUGCAAGGCCUAGCAUCACAGGUUCUGCAGCAGCUCCAUGGUGAUAGAUGCGUAUUCUGCAUGAGAAAUGCCCUCUCAGCAUGGCCCGCAGAACAGGUGGGCACCUUUGGCACGUUAUGGUGCAUCUUCACAGAUCUUUGAUGUAGUAUGAGGAUCCGAACAAAUACGCCUCACAAGAAGUUCGGAUCCUUCCAGACCCAGAUCGAUAUUUGCAAUGCAUAGACUUGAACUACGCCACCAUGCCGGCCCACCACCAGCGGCUACUCCAGCGCCGCUUCAACAUAUGACUGUGCACAACUCCCCCUCCCCCUCAUUUGUCUUGCAUGAACAGCAAAAAUAUUGCAGACACGCCCACCACCUGUGGCUGUAGAUCCUGUGCAUGUGACAACAAGUUCAUGCGCCUAGUGUAAGUAAGUACUUACUUACUUACUACUGUUCAGGCCUCCACCACCGGAAUCUGUCAUGCAAACAGUACCACGCAGCGGCGCUUGGAUUUGGUAUUUUGCAUGACAAAUGAGGGGGGGGGGUUGUGCACUCUCAUACAACGCGAUGCUGAAGCGGAAAGCUGCCACCGACUACGACAAUCCGUCUUUGGGCGCUUUGGUAUGCAAGAAAAAAACUGUGUAAGAAGUGUAAGUCUGUGAUGCAGAAAAUGCGAUGAAACAGUUACACUUUUCAUGCUGGACAUCAUGCAUCAGAAGCUCUCUACUUCGAACGUGUUUAUUUCACGUACUAGCCACGCAUGACCACAGGCUCUCUCUGUCAUGCAGAGCUGCAAACUUGUGAUGCUAUUCCUCGUCCUCCAAGAUGAAAGUUACACUAACACAGUUUUUUUCUUGGAUAUUUGGAACAAAUUGUGCACUACCCUUACCACCCGGCACACCCGCGGUUCGGUUACGCAGCAAAUGCUGAGAAGUACACCCCGACACAUAUCAUUUGUAAAAAUGUCCCCACCUCGACCUCCCCAGAGUUGUCAUGCAAUUCUGCAUGCCAAAAAAGUUUCUUAUGCGGAGCCAUAUGAGAAGCGUUUCCUGUUCGUGUUUUGGAAUUUGUCAUGCUAGAAUCAGCAUGCUUUGCUAGAUCUGUGAUGCUUCUGAACUAGCUAAACAGGAUCACACUACGAGGACAAACUUGUCAUGCCAAACAACCAAAGUAAGCUGGCUGAUUUGUCUAGCAGAUUCCCCAUCUUGACUCCGUAUACCCGCGCAAUUCCUUACAUGUGAAUAGCAUGGUGGGCGGGAGGGGUUCUUCACAUUUUUGGAAACGCCCACCGCCCCGACUAGAAUAGCUGAAUGAUGAAAAAUUGGGGGCAGGGCAAAAAAAAACUCCCAUCUUGACUCUGGUGUGGGGACGUUUUUACACAGGAUAACACAAGGGUUGCAUGAGGGCGACUUGACGCACGUCGCUCCCUCCAUGGCUCCCCCCGUCUCGGUGGGUGGCGCGACCACGGUAUCAGAAUGAAAAAUCACCCCUCCCCAUAGAUAUCAAAACGAAGUUGGUGAUGCUGGAUUUGCGUACACAAAUUAGAUUUGUGUUGUUGGCGAGGACUGCAGACCCAUAUGCUGCAUAUGGGUGCGCUCCUCCUCAGGCUGCCUUGCAGCCUGAGGAGACAGGUUUCGGGCUAGGCGCUUUGUUUGCAUGGAUGCCAGACGUCCACGCUGUAAGGUACAACAGCAUCACAAACCGCCCGUAGAAUUAUGUGGCGGAGCCUGUGGGGUGGUUGCCGUUGCCUUCAUGCAACACGGAGACGAUUUGUUGUCACAAAUCAGCAACGCAGAUUUUCGAAAACGUGCCUUGUAAACAUGGGGAGGGGAGAUUUUUCCUUUUGAUAGAGGCUCCUGUUGCCAGCGCGGAACCCGGUCUACCAGGCGUUUCUGAGCAACACGGAGGCGGAGAGCACUACGGCAUUCUCAACUGUUACAUGAAUUUGUCAUGCAAGACUAAGUACCUGAAGCCGCGAGAUGAUCAAGUUGCUCCGCAGGACAAAUCUCCGUGGCUGGUCCUGUGCCAGUCGCGGGGCAUGUUCGGGUGCCAGUCGCAUGACGCCCCUCCCUUGGCUCCCGCAGGACGCGGCGUAGAAAGUCCAUAACGCCCGGGGAAAGAAAUCUCCGAUCUGUGUUGCGCACAAGCAACUUCGGGGCCGGAUUUCCUUUCCAGGGCGGUAUGGAAUUUCUACGCCCCUGCCCUGGCUCCUGCAGGACGCGGCGUAGAAAGUCCAUACCGCCCGGGGAAAGAAAUCUCCGAUCUGUGUUGCGCAAAAGCAACUUUGGGACCGGACUUCUUUUCCAGGGCGGUAUGGCAUUUCUACGCCCCUGCCUUGGCCCCCGCAGGACGCGGCGUAAGUAGGAAUUCUUGACCAGUAACGUCCGCCCCUCGCCUCACACCAGGCGCGGCGCGCGUCGCUAGUGACUUAGUUUGCGGCGCGUUAGUGGGGGGAGGGUCUUUGCCUGUCGUGGCCACCUGCGUGCCGCAGACACCUGUCGCGGUCACCUCUCGCGGUCACCUGUCGCGGCCACCUGUCGCGGUCACCCUGUCGGGGGGUAUGCGUUACCAGAACCCGGAAGGCUUCUCUAUUUUUGAAAAAUAGAGAGCUGCGCAACAAAUUACUCUUUGCGCAUGGCAAACAGGCUCGAAAUAGCUUCGAACUUCUUCACUGCAGUGGAAGUCACUUUAUGGCUUAUUUCUGAGACGAAAAACAAAAAACCAAUCUGACUAGACGCCCGGGCUCUGUAACUGUAAUCAGACACCCCAGGCGACAGGGGGCGGCGACAGGUGGGGGCGACGGCGACAGGUGAGGCGGCGGGCAGAACGACAGGCGAAACGACGGGCGAAAGGACAGGCGGCGGCGACAGGCCAAAAGUGCCAACCUUUGACGUGGUUCCGCACCAGCAGCAGCAACAAAAAAAACCGAGAGCCCUUGUUAUUUCCGGGAAGGAAAACGCAGCUCUUUUAUCUUUAUUCACACGCAAAGAUAUAGAACUCCUAUUGCUGAGCGGGGGCAUUUAAAACUUUGCGACGGGGAGGAAAAUCGUCCACGCCGAAACUUUUUUCACACUUUUCAAACUUUCCAAAAAUUUCGCGACUUGCGAAACCGCUCACCGCCCACCGCUCAACCCCCAUCGCCCAAUUCGCAAAGUCCAUCUCCCAUCGCCCAAUUCGCAAAUCCCAUCGCCAAACCCGCCACCAACCCCAUCGCUUAGCCCCCAACUCCCGCCACCCACUUACCAGCUCCCAACCUUCAUCGCCCAACCCCCAUCGCUCAACUCUCAUCGCCCAACUAUUUUGCAACGCAAAAUAUUUUGCGCCUCGCAAUAUUUUGCGAAUCGAAAUACUCUGCAACGCAAAAUAUUUUGCAACUCCAAAUUUUUCGCAGCUCGAAAUACUUUGCAACGCAAAAUAUUUUGGAAGUCGGAAUAUUUUGCAACUCCGAAUAUUUUCCAACCCUCGGGAAAUAUUCUGACCAGAAAAUAUUUCGCAACAACCCCCGAAAAAACCGCCUCCCCCGUUUUUGCAGCUUUGAAAGCGGGGGGCAUGGGGAGAGCAGAAGACACGGGCUCCCAACUUCCGUCGCUCGAUUGCCUGCCAACCUUCAUCGCCCAACCCCCAUCGCUUAGCUCGCAGCUAUUUUGCAACGCAAAACGUUUUGCCAAUUAAAAUACUUUGCGCAGCGCAAUACUCUGCGACGCAAAAUAUUUCGCAACUCAAAAUAUUUCGCAACUCGAAACAUUUUGCAACGCAAAAUAUUUUGCAAGCCAAAAAAUUUUGCAAGUCGAAACAUUUUGCAAGUCGGAAUAUUUUGCAAGCCAAAAAAUUUCGCAAGUCGAAGCAUUUCGCAAGUCGAAAUACUUUGCAGCCCUCGCAAAAUAUUAUGGCCAGGAAAUAUCUCGCAACAACCUUCCAACGAAGCCGCUUCUUCCGUUUUUGCAGCUUUGAAAGCGGGGGGCACGGGGAGGGCGGGAAACACGGGGAAAACGGGAAGCACGGGGAAGGCUGGAAGCACAGGAAAAGCGGGAUGCCCAGGAAAGGCGGGGAGCACAGGAAAAGCGGGAAGCACGGGGAAAACGGAAAGCACGGGGAAGACUGGAAGCACGGGGAAGACUGAAAGCCCAGCAAAAGCGGGAAGUACGAGGAACGCGGGAAGCACGGGGAAAGCGGGAAGCACGGGGAAAGCGGGAAGCACGGGGAAAGCGGGAAGCACGGGAAAACGGGAAGCGCGGGGAAGGCGGGAAGCAUCAGCCCACGGGGAAAGCCGCCCGCCCGCGCCACAGCACCAGACGAGCAGCUGCCCACCACCCAUCCCCGGCGCCCUCCCUCUGUUCACGAGGAGACCGGCAGAGGGCGCCGCCGUCCGCCGCCUCUUGGAGGCAGGCAAGCACGGGGAAAGCGGGAGCACGGGGAAAGCGGGGAACACGGGGGAAGCGGGAAGCACGGGGAAAACGGGAAGCACGGGGAAAGCGGGAAGCACGGGGAAGGCAGGGGGCACGGAGAAGGUGGGAAACACCGGGGAAGCGGCCGGGAAGCGCGGGGAAGCCGGGGGGCGCGGAGAUGGUUGGAAAGCGAAAGCACCGGCCCAGGGGGAAAGCCGCGCCCAAGCACCAGGCGAGCAGCUGCCCACCACCCUCCCCCGGCGCCGUCCCACUGUUCACGACGAGACGGGCAGACCGAGGGCGCCGCCGCCCGCCGCCCCUUGGAGCGAGGCUGGCUGGCUGCGCGCGAGAAGAGGCGGGGGCGGAAGAGAUUGCGCGCGAGCUAACGUGUGGGGCGCCGCUGUUGUCCGGGGGUGCGGGGAGAGGGUGGCGGGCCCCUGCGCCUGGAGAGUUGGCUAGAAAUGCCCCGCCCCGGCGCCCGCCCUCUAUCCACGCGCGUGGCAGGGGCCACAGCGAGCCAGUCAGCCUCUGUUCUGCAAGGCUGCGCGCGGGAGAAGAAGGGGCGGCGGCGCCAAGGCGUGCAGGAGCGGGGCGCACCGGCAGGCUUCACGGACGCGCCCACACAACAGACGCGCGGGCGGGGCGUCACGCGCCAGCGCCGUGCAUUGCGCGGGCUGUUUUCCUGCUUCCUUCCCCCGUCCUCUGGCGCCCGCCCGCUGCCACGCUUUGCGUAGCGUUGUUGGGCCUAAGGCUUGCCGCCUCAGAAACGCGCGCCCAAUGCGGGCGGGGUCCUCGCGCUCGCACAACGACGGGAACCACGGGCGCCAUGGCGCUCCGCCUUCGUUCUUUCAGCACGAAGCGGCGCAGGGGCUUGGCCCCACCCUGCAUCAAAAAUCUUUUCCCUUGCCCACCCUCUGACGUUUUUCUUUCCCCCCUGUCAACUCGUUCGCCCCCCCGCUGCGCGACAUAAGCUGCGGCCUUGUAAUUAUCAUGCUUCGGAUAUGAGUAAAUUGAUUUAUUUUGUGCACAUGAAUAUUGAAAAUAAAAGGGUUGCGUUUUUCUUCUCGGAAAUAAAUGACUCUUUGCUUUUUUUUUGUUGCUGCGUGCUGCUGGUUCUGAACCGCGUGAGAAGUUGCCUUUUUUGGCCUGUCGUCGUCGCCUGUCGUUUCGCCUCUCCUUUCGCCUGUCGUUUCGCCUCUCCUUUCGCCUGUCGUUUGGCCUCUCCUUUCACCUGUCGCUUCGCCUGUCGCCGUCACCUCAUGGCGUCACCUGUCGCCGUCACCUGUCGUGCGUCUGGGGUGUGUGAUCACAGAGGGAGCCCGGAAGUCAGGCAAUAUAAAUAUUAUUCUCCGAAGCUGGUCCGGUGCCAGUCGCGGGGCGUGUUCGGGUGUUCCGGGCGUUGGAAUGUGCACCCCUCGGAUCCCGCACCCCCCCGGGCUCGGUAGCGCAGUCUGUUAAGCAUGACAAAUGAUCUCCGAGAGCAGCCUGAACAGCAUCUAAAUAUGUGCCAAAUCUGUGAUGCGAAAGGUGAAAGCAGCAAGCUUAGCUUGCCCCUAUGACCGUUGCCAUUCUUGCAUCUUCACAAAUCCAGGUUGUAAAAACAAUAGAGAACAAUGUAAAAACAGUUGAGAACACUAUAAGCACCGAACUCACUUCGGAAAACUCGCACGGGGUGCGUUUCGCGGUCGCACUCGGGCUUACCAUGAAAAACUGCUAUCCAAAUGAAGAAUUCCCCCUCCCCACAUCCACAUCAAAACGAAAUUUCUGAUCAUGCAUGCUGGAUUUAUUGCGCACACAAAUCAGAUGUGUCUUGCAGUAGAGGACUGCAGGCCCAUUAUACCAUGCCAAUGUAGAGUAGAGAGGUUUUGGCCUCCUGGGCACUUGGCAUGAGGGACGUCUAUGCUGUAGGUGGUCCAAUAGCAUCACAAACCGCCUGCAUAAUGGGGCGGAGCAUAUUAUUUCUUGCAAGACAGACACGUCGACUUGCGGUCAGCACAAAGAAAUCAGCAUCGCAAACUCUGCUCUGAGGCGUGCCUUUUUGAUAAGUAUUUUUAUGGCGAGGGGGGAUUUAGAUUUUUCUUUACGAUAACUGCACCUCGGCCUUCAUCAAGAAUCAGCUGGGCCCGGCGGUGCGCUACCUGGUGUACCAUCACCUGAAGGAAGCUGGCAAGAAUCCCGCCCUCGAGACCGAGAACCUCUACGGGCAACUGGAUCGCUAUGGAAGUGUCAGAAUCGAAAUUGACAAAAUCGAAAAACUUGUGAUGCACAAAAUCGAUGCCAGUUAGACCCACAGUUUCUUUGUAGUCGGCGCAUGACAAAUUCUCCUCGUCCUGGAAGCGAAUCUGUCACGCGGUUUAGUGCAAAGGAGCUGCCUUCUGUCAUGCUAGUCAGCGGCCCAACACUUAGACUUAACCCCUACCAGGACUACAAUCCGCCUUCCUUGCAUCCUCUGCAAUACAGUCGCUUUUUGCGUAGCAUCUCAUGCAUUACAGAUCAUUCCGAUUUUGUCGAUUUCGAUCCUGACACUCCCAUAAUCGCUUUUCGUACUGGAACCCGGACGACGACAUGAGGGCCGCAGCCUGUUCGGAUGGCCGCACAAACAUGUGCGGCCGGUCCACGCCCGCGAAAAGCCUGAAACUUUUCUUGCAGCGCGAGCUGUCCCUGAAGCACGUGAAAGUCCUCGAUGGGAAUUGCGGCGGAUGGCUGGCCCGGUACAGAAACGAGCCCGAGUCGGACCGUGACUGCAGUGCGGUGUGCCGAUUUUCGUCGUCUGUGCAAAAUACAAAAUGUGUUUGUCGAGAAAACACCUGCAGCUUGCAAUUCGGCUGCUUCCCCCCGAACAGCGCGGGCUACGGGGGCUUCAAGCACCCCCUUUUUAGCAAAUCCGCGACCCCGUUUACGUCCGAUGGCACCGAACAGAGGAACCUCCGCAUGGAAAUUGUGGGCCUCAACUCCAUAUGCAAUGCAAAAGCAUCGUAUAACAGUAGAAAUUGCAUUACAAAUUUUUGACUUAACAUUUUCACAAAUUAAGUUUGUAAUGCGGCUUUGUCUACUAGAGAAAAAGAUGACUUGUAUUACAAGUCAUUGCGUAUAUAUGCAUUAAAUGCAUAUAUACGCAAAAACUAUUGCUAUUGGUACUUCUACUUUUGCGCUGCAUACUCCACGGAGGAGGCGUUUGCGCUGGCCACUCUGUUGGAGUACGUCACGAAGGGGGUGGAGCUGGAGUUCCAGGGGCGACUGAGUGACACUAUCCUGUGUAAAAACGUCCCACCCGCCCAUAGUCAACGUCGGAAAUCUGCUAGACAAACCAACAAGCUUCGGCUGUUGCGCAUGACAAGUUCUUUGGCGACGUCGUAGCGUGUACAUAAUAUGUAGUGAGGUCACCGAACGGUUCUAACCUGGUAGUUUUCUUGCCAUGAAGUGCCAAAAACGACUGGCAGUUUUGAAGCCUGUAAAGCGUUUUCUUGUAUGAAAAAGCUCGCAGCGUGCAAGCCUGUUUGGCUUUGUUAUCAACGAAUCGCCUGCGGAAACUAUCGGUCGCCGCUUGAUAAAACGACGCAGGGGCGCCGGCAAAAGAGGCGCCCUUCUGAGGCGCCCACCGCCUUAGUUUCUGGCGAUUUGGGGUGCCCAAAAGGGCGCCCGAAAAAAACGCGCCAAAAAUCAGAACAGCGAAACCGCAUGGCACGGCCGCGAUUUCGGAGCAUUUUUGGCGGCCGCGAAAGCGGCCGCCUUUUCGCCCGUUUCUAAGCGGGAGAAGCUUUGCAAAAAGCGCCAGCGCGAAAAAAAAAAACGCAAAAAAGAAAAAGCGCGCCGGACGCGCGAAGCCAAUCCGCAUGCUAUGGGCCCGGUUUUUCUUUGGUUUUUGGGCGCCCCCCGUGGCGUCAGAAUCGGGCCCAUAGCGUGGGGAUUGGCUUUCUUAAGGGAAUUCCGAAAAUUUGCCAAAAAUCUGUUAUGUUUUUCAACCGGCCGCCAUACCGCGCGGCAUAACCUUACCCACGGUGGCACGGAGGGCCCACAAAAAGCAGGCGCCCUUCCGGCUCGCGGCGGGCCAAGGUUUGGGCAAGAAAGCGCCACCGACCUCACUACCUCCGCCAUGGCGGCUAUAUUUGGUAUGUCCGGUUUAGCUAAUUCGCCAGCAUCGUAAAGCUAGCGUACCAGGCUGAUUGGAGAAUGAAUGACAAACACCGAAACAGCACGGAGAAAAAAUGCUUCUCAUGUUGUUGGGGCUCCGCAUGAAAAUCGCAAACGUCCGCAGCAUGCGACGUUGAGUUACAGCUAGGGGGUGGGGACCUUUUUACUUGGGAUAGACGCCGCGGAUCCGCAACCCCUCGACCCGGGUUUCCGUUUCGUCAUGAACACUGACCUCGGACAGGGAGUGGCCCUGCACACCUAUCGUAAGGAAAAAUCCCCCCUCCCCAUAUCUAAAAGGUACUCCUCAGAAAAUUUGUAAUGCUGAUUUGUGACCACAAAUCUUUUUGUCUUGCACGUUGCAACUCUACAGUCCACUCCGCCGCAUUAUGCGGACGGUUUGUGAUGCAGCUGCUUGAGCUUUCGCUAUGGCAUAGAUAUUUGCGAUGCGAGGUUGAGACACUGGCUGCCAGCUAUUUACAAACAGGAACAUAGUUAGUAUGGCAAACAGUUACUCGGCGCUCGCCUGAAGAAGCGAGCACACAAUAGAUAUUUGCGAUGUUAAGCGUGGCCCACGUCGGAAGCUCUGCACUCAGGCACGGCACAUACCUGCAGAAGUCCUCUACUGCAAGACAGCUCUGAUCUUCUGUGUACGGAAAUCCAGCGUCAGGAGCUUCGUUUUGAUAUGGAUUUUUCCUUUUGAUAGCACCAAUCUCAAUGAUUUCUUCCGGGAAAUCACCGGCAAGGAUGGGUACAAAAGUACCGGGACCCCCGCGCUCUAUCAAACGCAAAAGUGUCGGGGUCUGGAACAACGCCACUUGUCAUGCUGAAUCUGAAUCAUGUAAAAAUCUGCGUUGCGACAUGGCUCGCCCGAGUCAUUGACGAACCGGGAAGACGGGAGGCGGGGUCUACCGUUUUCAGACCGGCCAGCCGCCGUGAGUGGUUGCCACCUCUGUUAUUGAGGGAGCGCGUGUCUUCCUCGACUGAGUUGCGUGCGCGGCCCAUCCGUGUUCCGCGUAAAUCUCUACAGGAGAGGGCGCGCCCCGUCGAAGGGCUCCCUUCCGGACAGAGCGCCCCGAAAGCUUUUUAGCGCACCUUUAUGAUGGCCUUACUGUUAUAAGAUUUUGGAUCAGUUUGUAGAACCCAAACGGUUCAUCUUUAUGCUAGCAAAGGGCCAGUGCGUUGUGAACCCCUUGGACCAGGUUGACCCAGCCCCGACCGAAGUGGUAGGCGCUUCGGGUGAACUAUGUAUGUAGAAAUAGGGCCCUUCCGUGCGGCCAUUUGUAUGUCCCAAAACGGGGCUCGCCUAAGUCGGUCACUUGUAUGCGAGGCGUUGGGUUACCCGGUCGGCAGAGCCGAUCCACAACGAGCGAGCGAAUGAUUGCCAAAAGCUGCCCACUUUUGACCUAAUCGAGAGGCGGUUUCUACUCGCGCAGCUGUAGGCAUGAUAGAACUCUCACAGAAUGAUCUGUCAUGCUACGUCCUACAUACCAGACGAGGCCGGAUGGGUGAGGAAAAACCUGCAUGGCAAGUCUGGCAUUCUUCUAGACGACCCAGACAUUUUUGCACUUGAUACGCUCCUCCCAGACCCCAUUCUGACCGCCAACGCAGGGUCCCAGCGACUGUUUUUCAGCACGACUACGCAGUUCCUGCUGGCCCGUCACUUGGCCAAUCCCGAUUACUACAACCCGUCGCGUUACUACGCCGGCUUCGAGGCCCCCGUGUCUACUAUGUCUGAAAAAAACGUUAUCCUGAGUAAAAACGUACCCACACCAGAGUUGUAAUGCAGAUUUGCAAUGACAGGAAGACUCGUAAUGCGCAUCCGCAUGAGAGCCAAUUCCAAUCGUGUUUUGGAAUUUGUGAUGCUGUGAACAGGAUGACCAGAUGAAUCUGUGACGCGGCUGCACUUGCUAACGUGCACUACACUGCAGAGCGCAACUUGUCAUGCGUGACUCACAAAACUCCUAGGUUUGUGUUGCAAAAUCCUCAUCCUGACUCUGGUGUGGGUACGUUUUUACUCAGGAUAAACGUUUACAGGGUUCCGCUCGGUGCGCUUCCCGCCUCGGAUGCCCAAGACCAGCACUUCACGCCACUGGCCGCUCUGCCCGGUGGACAGCGCCAGCUCGCGCACGGUUAUGAUUCGAGGGGUCGCGGCUACGGCGGCAUGGUUAUGUUCGUGGACGGAGUGCACCAGUGGAUGGAAUACGGUCAAGGAAGUUACAAAAAAUUUCUCCCGCCGGCUAUUACAAUGAAAAAUUAUGCCCCCACAACGAGGACCCGAGAACUUUAAGGCAAUAACUUCCCGUCUUGCAUCUACCAGCAUCACAAAUUCAUUUCCAUGCUAAAUAGCUCGAUUUUUUGCUGCAAAGGAGCCCAAGAACAGCAGCCGGAUCUGUUAUGGAAAGGAUAUCACCUUGCGCACCUAGAAGUAGAUUCUGCAUCAGCAAGGCUCGUGCUAGUCCUUUCAUGCAUAGAAGUAGACAUAAUUACGAGCUCUGUAUUUGAGAGCCUUCUGCAUGAGAAACAAACUUUCGCAUAUUCCGGGGUCGUCGUAGGGCCAUUGUUUUUCAUUGUGAUAGCGAAGGAAACUUUUGGGGGCCCCCCUUACUCGGGCGUGCGGAUCGGCGGGCCCCUGGCAGCCAUCACGGUCGGACCCCCGGCCCCGCCGAGCGAUCAGGUAUGAACUGCAAAUUAUAUGUCUGGGUCCUCUGGAGAAUGUGAAUGCAACAAACACAAACUUGUGAUGCGCAUUUCAGAGCACAGAAAAAUCUCUCAUGCAUAGGCAGCAAAAGUUCCCACUUUCUGGCACCAAAAUGGGGCGACAUUUGUCCUGCGGAUUCGGCAUUGCAGACGCUUCUCGAAUAUUAAACCUGUGAUGCUAGAGCUUCCAUGCCAGACCUUCUGUGUCAUGGAAAAACAGCAUGACAAGACCCAAACGCUUUUGCAUUUGAUAUCAGGAAGACGGCGACAACUUUUUCGGACUGGGGAUCGGGGUCGGGAUCGGCAUCUUCGUUGGCGUGGGCUUGUGUCUCUGCGGUUGCUGCUUCGCCGCUUUUAUGCACUGCAAAAAUAUCGUAUUCGUAUAAAUGCAUUACAAAUUUCCUCAGCAUGAGAAAUAAAAUUUGUAAUGCAGAUUUACCUUAACAAAAAGGAUUUGCAAUGCAUGACUGCAAUACGAGUACGAUACUUUUGCACAGGAUAGCCUUUUACCUCUUUCACCAGCACGGCCACGCCCAGGAGCGGGUGUCCCUAUGGAUUGUAAAAAUGUCUGGAUCCUCUGGAAGGUUGGGACUUGUAAUGCUAGCUUUCCAUACCUAGAAAGUCUGUAUUGCGUAACGAACAAAAGUCGCAGCCUCUUUUGUCAUGCAAAGUCGCAGUUUCUCAUGCGGAUUGCCUGUGAGAAAGCGUUAGCGUUUAUUUGGGAAGUUGUCAUGCCGGAUUUCAUUCGGAAGUGAUGUUUUCAUCAUGCACAUUUUAGCAUCACAAGUUUCCAGACCCAGACACUUUUACAGUUGAUAGUCCCAGCUGGAAGACCACGUGCGGGCGACCACGGGUGACCACCCGCCGCCGCCGCCGGAGAAAAAGUCCGUCGUGGCGACGGCGAUCGAGCUGGUCACCAAGCCCGUCGAGUCGGUUUCGGGCACUGUCGCCGGGGUCUCGGUACGAACUGAGAAAACCGAUAUCGUACUAGUAUCAAUUGCAUUGCAAAUUUCCUGAGCUGCGUGAAAAAUGAAAUUCGUAAUGCUGAUUUGCCUUUAAGAGAUGAGAUUUGUAAUGCAUGGCUGCAAUUAGAAUUACUACGAGUGCGAUACUUUUGUAAUUCAUACUCGGCGUCGCGGUCCUCCCAGUUCGACGGCGGCGAGAUGGUUUAUGGAAGCGUCAGGUUUGAAAUCGACAAAGUUGAAAGAAUUUGCCAUGCAUAAAAUGGAUACCAGUUGGAAGCCCAGUGUCCAAGCGGCGCAUGACAAAUUUUCGGAGUACGGGAAUCCAAUUUGUCAUGCUGUUUACUUAGGCACAGAAGGAGAAGACUGCUUUUGCCAUGCUCCUUUGGCAGCUCUAUCCCAAAUCCUGAAUAGGCUCGCAAUGAAUCUGCCUCACUUGCCAUCCCGGCAAGACAGGCACUUCAUGCCUUGCAUUUUAUGCAUUACAAACUACCAGCCAUGCUCCGGCUACCGCCGGAGCGCAAGGCUGUUGUGCUGGGGUUUGACUAUUUGCGGAUCGGGCCGCGACGCAAGAGCCUUGGGCACAGCGUGACGGACCGAGGGAACUUCAGGCGCCAUUUUGCGCGAGGUCAACCCGCAAGGCCUCCUGCGCGCUUCCCGCGCCUUUAGGCGCUAUGCGCAGGGGGCAGCUGCAGUAAACUUUGGGGGCGAAGAGAUGCCGCCCCGGCGUAGGUGCGUGCCGAAAGAAUCAGACAGAGGCCGGCGCUGCUCUUUGUUUAUCACCGCCCCGCGCCCGCCCACCUGAUUCCCCGCGGAAAUAAAACUGUUGGCGCGAGAGGGUGGCGCAAGAGGGUGGCGCGAGAGGGUGCGCGAGAGGGUGGCGCGAGAGGGUUCGGGCUUUUGCAUGAAAGGGCCGCAAAAAAUUCAGCCCUGUGCCGGGCGGAUUCGGGUUUUUUUACCCCUCUCGCAGACCCUCUUUUUCACCUCUUCCGAGAGGUUUUGCUAAUAAUCCGGCUAUACUCGCCGGUAGAGGUCUACAAAGGUGGCCGAGAGGUGGCCCAGAGGGUGCGCGAGAGGUCUCCCCUUAUUCGCGCAACAUCUCGGCACCUCUGCCCACCUCUCGCUUGCCCUCUUUUUUACCUCUCGGCCACCUCCGUGCCGCUUAGCGGCCCUAAAGGGCGACCGGUUCGGCGGGCUAUACUCGCGCCCCCUCUCGGCCACCCUCUCGAAUUACCUCCCGCGCCACCUCUCCACCUCUGUCGACCUCUUUUGUACCUCUUUUGGCCUCUUUUUGGCCUCCCUGCCACCUCUCGUUUACCCUCUCUAGACCAAUAUUUUCGCAUGAAUAUAAUAGAUAGUAAUUUAUUCAACUUUGACGAUUCCAAUCCUGACGCUUCCAUAUGGUUGUGGUGACAGACCCGGUUUUUGUGGAGAAAAAGCUGUCGGUUUACGACGACAUAUCAAAUGCAAAAAUGUCCGGGUAGUCUAGGAGGAUUCGAAUUUGUGAUGCGAAGUCCUACAUCAUGAGAAAAUCUGUCAUGCAUGGCUAGCAAAAGGCCGCGCCUUUUGUUUAUUCCGAGAGAGGGGAUUUGUCCUGCGGAUUAGGCAUUCUUGGGAUACCCGCUCAGAAUCUGUGAUGCGAAAGCUUGCAUGCCAGACGAUCUGGCUCAUGCAAAUACUGCAUGACAGAUCUCGCAUUCUUCCAGACCCAGACAUAUUUGCAUUUGAUACGACACUCAGAGUCGCAAGUCCCGCCGGUCGUCGCGCGCGAAUAUCAAAUGCAAAUAUGUCAUCUGGGUCUGGAAGAAUGCAACUGCAACUUGUGAUGCUGUCUCUGCAUUUAAAAAAAUAAAACUGUAUUGCAUCAUGACCAGCAAGAGGAUUUCACAACUUUGUGCAGCUACAUGGAGACAAUAUAAUUUCUCAUGCGGAAUAGUCUUAGGCAUCAGGAAGCUGUCUAGAAAAAAAAAUCUGUGAUGCUAGGUCACGCACGACUACAGGCGUCAUGGGUCUUCAUCAUGUAAAAUUUGCAUGACAAGUCUUGCACUGUUCCAGACGGAGACAUUUUUGCACUCCAUAGCGAACAAGUCGAUGCAAUCUGUGCCGGACGACGAGGCCGGCGGCACGGCGAUCGUGCCCUCCAGCAGUGCCAAGCCGCGCCGAAGCUCGAGGCGGCAGGAUGCGGAAGCCGCACCGCCCCGGCGAAGCUCGCGGCGCGAAUCCCGGAUGAAGAGCAUCCAAGAUGACGCUGACCUCCCUGGUGCCGAGGAGCCGGACGCCAUUCCGGCGGAAGUGUAGGUAUUUACUACGAGGACCACGUCGAGUCGAGUAUUUAUCUUCACUAGUGAGCUAAUAGCAGCCCAGCCUUUCAUUUGCAGCGUGAUUAUAUCAGGAGGUGCAUGUAGUCACAUUGAUGUCUAUGUCUAUCCUGAAAAAUGUAUUCAUUUCGUCAGGUCUACUCGAGCUUGCGCCGUGCCUUCUCCGUCCAAGUCCCGUGGCCGAGGGAGAAAGGGACUAUUAUCAUGGGGUUUGUUUUACAGGGUUUUGUUUAGGGUUCCUAGUAUCUAGGUGGUGGUCAUGAAGGUAUCUACUAUCCAUUUCGAUCUUGUUCAGCAUAAGCAUUCGGCACUAAUCUCGUACGAAAAAAAUCGCAAAGUACUACUGCAGCAUCUGUCACGUUUUGUUUACUUUUGAAGGAUCUAGAUCUACGCGUCGUGGUCUAGGUCCCGUACUGAAGUCUAUGAAUUUACGCAUCGUAGUACCGUUUUAUAUAUUCCUUUGUUUAGUUUUGAUUUUGAAGGAUCUACGCAUCGAUCUUCCCGUACUGUCUAUGAGUUAUCCCUCCACGACGCACGAAGAAAUGGGACGACUUCUGAUCAGUUCGCGAGUUGGCGUACAGGACCGGAGGUGUAGUACCGAAUGGCAUCGGGAUUUGUCCUCUUUCUCUUUUUCUUUGACAUGAUUCAGCUCGAGUUAUUCACCUUGGACUUAGUUGGUUGUACACAACAUCAAGACUAAUUACUUAGGUGCUGGAGAAAAAUGCAAAAAAAAUUACAUAUGAAAAAAACACAAAAAAAUACACAGUUGUCACGAAACGCAAAAAGAUACG